AUGAACACGACGAUUCUAUUGGCCAUUUUGCCAUUCGUGGUCCUUGUGGAUAUGAUUGGGAUCGUUGGAUUCACAGCAGUCGGAUUUGGACCUUUGGUCUACAACUCAGUGGCCGAUGCCACAAUGAAUCUGGUCGGGAACGCGGCGGCAGCCUUCACGGGCUUGUACUUGGCAAUCUUAUUCAUCUUAGAUUUCAACCUGAUGCCUGUCGUGGCGCAACUCUUUGGCGGAGUUUUUCUCAUAGGUUGCGUUUUUAGCGUCGCUGUCCUGAAGGGGAUCGCGUACCCAUGGGCUGCUGGGCUUUUCUGCAUUGCCCUGCCCAUCCUCUACAUGGGUUGGCUGCGGGCCACGGUCUUCGAGCCACGGAAAGUGCAGCCGGCUGAGUUUCUGGCCCCAACUGGUCUCACAUUCAUGGUGGCCUUCCUGGUGAUUACUCUGGUAUGGCUGGUCUUCGUCUUCGGGACGGGCCGCACUUGGAGUGAAGAAACAAAGCUGUGGCUGACCGAAGAGAAUGACCGGGUGUACGCCUACUUGUGGCAAGAUGGGAACACGACGCUGAACUACAGUGCUCACUGUUCAAAUUCCAAGAACAUCUCCGCGUACAGUAGUGAUGAGCAAGCUACCAUCCAAGCAGCAUGCACCGCAGCUGCCAAUGUGUGGUUUCUGCAGUGGUCAGGCCCCUUUGUUCUCGCAUUUUGCAACUUGGUCACAGCCCUGUAUGCCGUCCUGUUCAUCAACGUCUCCAAGCGGAUUGUCAUGGUGGGCCCCGGCGUCGACCCCAACACCGAGGUUGACUCAUUGCCGUAUUUGAAGCAGAUUCUCAAGGGCAGCAUGCUGGUGAUUGUGUUAAUGUUAGCCGCGAUGUAUGCAGCUGCCUCUUAUGUCUCUGGGGCAGCUGUCUCCUUGGGUUCCGCAGUGUUCUGCCUUGGCGCAGUCACCAUCGCGGGCACCCUGGGCUGGAUGUAUGUUGAGAUCGACCCUUCUCAGCUCAAGCGAUUGGCAAGCGAGGGGCAGAUGGCCACCCAACUCCUGAAGGUCAUGAGAUCCGAGUGGGUUCGCGCCAUUGCGGUGGGCUGCCUCAACGUCCUGAUCCCUUUGAUGGCUGUUCUGGACAUGGCCAGGCAAUGCAUGCGGAAAUUCAGAGGCACAGCAGAAAACAAAGAAGAUAAGUUCACGUCCACUGGUCGGCGCAUCGCCGACGAGUGCAGUACGUGGAAUUGGUGCGGCAUUUUGACCAAGGUGCUUCUCCUUGGUGAGGUUUUCGUCGCGCUCUUGAUUGGCAUGAAGGUGACUUAUGUCUUCUUCUCUUGGUUGAACACAGUUCUUGGAGCCGCGAACAUCAACUUUUGGAUGCUCUCCGUGCUCAUUUUCGUCAUCGGCCUGGGGAUGUUCUUGUGCCCCAUCGUGCCUGGAAGCGCUGUCUAUCUUUUCGCAGGGGUGGUCUUGGGAGCUCAAUCUCAAUUACCAGACCGACCUGGCUUUGCUGCGGGGGUUGUUGUAGCAGUGGUGAUCAGCUCAGUGGCAAAGCAUAUUGCGUGCGUUGGCCAAUAUAUGAUCGGCUACUGCGCUGGGCAAUCAGUGAAGGUUCAGCAGAUGGUGGGUGUCGACCAGGUGGGAACCAGAGCGACAGAGAAGAUCCUGAAACAGCCGGGACUUUCGCUUGGCAAGGUGUGUAUCCUUGUGGCAGGGCCAGACUUCCCCACAAGCAUGCUUUGUGGGAUCUUGAAGUUGAGAAUUCCACAAAUGCUGCUGGGCACAACCCCAGUGAUUCUGGUACCAGGGUUCCUCAGCCGAUGA